AUGGGACUGCUAAGUAUUAUCAGGAAACAGAAACUCAAGGACAAAGAAAUUCGCUGCUUGAUUCUAGGGUUAGACAAUUCAGGGAAGUCAACAAUAGUAAACAAAUUAUUGCCCGAAGAUGAGCAAAGUAAAAAUGGUAUAAUGCCCACGGUGGGUUUCCAAAUACAUAGUCUGAUAAUAAGAGAUGUAACGAUAUCUUUAUGGGACAUCGGCGGACAACGGACACUAAGACCAUUUUGGGAUAACUAUUUUGAUAAGACACAGGUUAUGAUAUGGUGUAUAGAUGUGAGCCUUUCAAUGCGAUUUGAUGAAACUCUGCAAGAACUUAGGGAAUUGGUUAAUAGAGACGAGAAUCGAAUAGGAUAUGAGUGUGCAGUAAUCAUUGUGUUGAACAAGAUUGAUUUGGUGGAGAGCAAAUCCGAACUGCAUCAAAGGUAUAUACUGGUAGAGAGCAAGUUGAAGUGUCUAUUCAAGCCGGACAUCCGAAUAACCCUCGUUCGGUGCAGCGGUAUUACCGGAGGAGGUAUUGAUGACCUGCGUGACCAUCUGGUGGAAUCUUGCUAUUUCACCCAAUAA